AUGCUUUUUGACUUCUGGAAAUGUCAUUCAUGGCUAUACGCAAUUACUCUUGAUUCGCUUAUAUCAAAGAGCUUAAAUAACACCCAGUUUGCCGAAACCGAUUUACUUUUCUUUAAUCGGGUACCGAAAGUUGGCAGCGAACAUCUUAUUGAACUUAUUCGGCGCUUGAGUACUAUAAAUGGGUUUGGGGCUAGUAGAGCACUAUUUUCUGAACCAAUACGACAAAGUCUUUUGGAUGAGGAACAAGAGGAAUUAGCGAAUGAGCUAAUCGGUUACGAGGAGCCGCAUGCCCAUUCAGCGCAUGUAAAUUAUAUUGAUUUUAGAGAAUUCGAUUUACCACAGCCCAUUUAUAUCAACAUGAUACGUGAUCCUGUGGAACGGGUUAUAAGUUGGUUCUAUUAUAGGCGUGCACCAUGGACAGCAGUGCAAAUGUACAAGUUGACUAAGAAAUUUCGCAAUGCGCAAUGGUAUAAGAAGAGCUUCGAAGACUGUGUGCUACAACAUGAUGCAGAAUGUCGUUACGAGACGGGCUCGAAAUUUCAAAAUACGAUUGUAGAUCACAAACGGCAAACAUUAUUUUUUUGUGGUCACGAUCCAAGUUGCGAACCCUUCAAUUCAAAAAGCGCUUUGCAAUUGGCUAUAAAAAAUGUUGAGAAAGAAUAUGCGGUUGUGGGCUCGUGGGAGGAUUUGAAUGUUACCUUAAAAGUACUGGAGCAUUACAUACCAAAAUUUUUCCGUGGCGUAACACAGCUAUAUUUUGGUAAAUAA